CCCACAAAUAAUCACCCUGAAAGUAAGAACCGAAUGAAACCCAACUACCACAGUAUCAUGAACAACCAACACUUCCUACUUAUCUCUCUCCCUGCGCAAGGCCACAUCAACCCCACCCUCCAGCUCGCCAAGAAUCUCACACGUGCCGGUGCACGCGCAACCUUUGCCACCACCGUCGCUGGCCUAAGUAGCCUGACCGCCCGUCCAACUCUAAACGGCUUAUUUUUCGCCUCCUUCUCCGAUGGGACCGAGGAGACCGUCAAAGACGACGCCGCCGACUUAUCCGCCUACCUAACCAAGGUAAAGCACGUGGGGUCCCAAAGCCUCGCAAAUCUAAUCCACAACCUCUCUAGCGAUGGCAAACCGGUGACUUUCUUACUCUACCCAUACCUCCUCCCCUGGGCAGCCGCGGUGGCGCGUGAAUGUCAAGUAUCAUCAGCUUUACUUGCUAUUCAGUCUGCUACUUGUUUUGCUAUCUACCACCGUUUCUUCAACGGCCACGAUGGUCUCUUCGAUGGCGAAAAAGAUACCAACCCUUCGAUUUCCAUUAAAUUACCAGGGUUGUCAUUGUUGACUUCAAAUGACCUACCCUCUUUUCUCUUACCAACUGACAAAUACUAUUCCUCUUUGAUCCCUACUUUUCGAGAACACAUACAAACCUUAGAAAAAGAUCCUCAUCCAUGUGUCCUCGUAAACUCAUUUGAUGCCUUAGAAGCUGCUUCGAUCACGGCCGUUGAUAACAUGGAUGUUAUCUCAAUCGGACCGUUGGUUCCAUCAGCUUUUUCUGAUGGAAAUGACUGUUCAGACAGAUCUUUUGGGUGUGAUUUGUUUCGGAGCUCUGGAGAUUAUGUUCAGUGGUUGGAUUCGAAACCAGAGGGUUCGGUGAUUUAUGUGUCGUUUGGAAGCUUUGUGGCGUUGGAGAAAAGGCAGAGAGAAGAGAUUUUGAAGGGACUUGUUGAAGGUGACAGGCCAUUCCUGUGGGUGAACCGUGAUGGUGAAGGAGAAGAAAAGAAGGGGUGUGGUGAAGAUGGGUUGAUCGUGCCAUGGUGUUCACAGAUGGAGGUGCUGUGUCACAGGUCGGUAGGUUGUUUUGUGACACAUUGCGGGUGGAAUUCAACAUUGGAGAGUCUUGUCGCUGGCGUGCCGGUGGUGGGGUGCCCACGCAUGGCGGACCAGAUGACUAAUGCAAAGCUGCUGGAGGAGGUGUGGGGAACAGGGCUGAGAGCAGCAGUAAAUGAAGAAGGGAUGGUGGAGAAAGAAGAGAUUAAGAGGUGUUUGGACACGUUGAUGGGAGGUGGAGAGAGAGGGAAAGAGAUCAGGCAGAAUGCUAUAAAAUGGAAAGGUUUGGCUAUGGAAGCUGUCAAGGAGGGAGGAUCUUCCCACAACAAUCUCAAACAGUUUUUGAAAAGGUUAGGAUAAGAUUCUGUGUGGUUCACAGGACUACGGACUCGAGUGAUGUAUUUUAUUUAUGUUUCGUUUGGUACGAUGGAAAAAUAAGAUGAUGAAAAGUUGGAAGGAAAAAAAAUUGGAGGGAUAAAUAAAAUAUAAUGUUUGGUAAGGAAAAAAUGUAGGAAAAAUGAAAAAGUGAAUGAAUUAACUUUCUUUUCAACUCACCAAAAUCAAUCCCUCCAA